AUGCCAAUAAUAGAUUAUAAUCUUAGAGAAAAGUUAAGGAUUCCUAUAGAACAUCUGGACUAUAGUUACAUUAAGAAAUGUGAAAACCCUAAAGAACUAGAAAAUAUUAUUAAGGUUCUCAGGUCUGGAGAAGAAGGCCACUUUCCUGAUUUGAUAAAAUAUUGUGAAAACCAAUUACUCAAAGUAGCACCACAGAGUAAACUGUUGAGAAAAGCAGAACCAGUCGUACGCUUGUCCAAUAUUUCUCAGAGUCAACAAAAUGUAUUAAAGAAUGACUUGCAGGCAUGGGAAGAGGAGAUAAAAACCUCAGAGAGGAAACUUCAGAGAAUUACUCCACACGGUAUAUCAGUAGCAGGGGUCUUACCUCCUGUUAGAAAUUCUUGUCAAGUUAACAAUAUCAGUAGGAAAGAAGAAGACAAAAAGGACAAAGAAGUGGUUUCUGGCCUUGAUUCAGUAAAAGAAAAAACCUCCCAAGAAAUUAAGUCAUAUGAUUGUACUGUCGUGAACAAAGAAAAUAAGAAAGAAAUUGGAAAAACGAACAAAGGAUUUAGCAGAUCAGAGCUUUCAGCUGAUGUCGAUAUAUUUUAUGAAGGACUAUCAGAUGAACAAAAAUCAUUCUUAGCAGAAAAGGAAAAAGCAAAGGGAAAUGAGGCUUUCCGAGCACAUGAUUAUGAGGAAGCUCUCAUAUACUUUUCCAGAAGUAUCAAAAUCCAACCAAUGCUUGCUGCAUACAAUAAUAGAGCACAAACUAAUAUCAAGCUCCGAAAGUAUAAAGAUGUACUCGUGGACACUAACCAAGUACUGUCAAUGGAACCAAAAAACAUUAAAGCCUUACUAAGAAGGGGGACAGCUUACAAAGAACUGGGAGACAUGCUUAAAGCCAAAGCCGACUUUGAAAGUGUUGUGGAGUUACAGCCUGACAGUAAAGUCUGUCAGAGGCUGUUAACCGAGGUAAGUAAGAAGCUAAUACCCAGAAGUAAACCACAGGGAAAGCGUAUGGUUAUAGAAGAGUUUGAUGGAAUAGAAACUGAAUCUGUUACUGUUGUAACAGACCACAAAGAAAAAUCAAGUGCUCGUUUUAAUUCAAAAGAAAAUGUGAUCAUAGAAGAACUAGGCGAAGUAGAUACUAAAAAUGUUACUGUAAACAUAGAUCAAGAAAUACUUUCUCCUUUCAAGUUGGAUCAUGAUAGUCAGUCAAAUACAAAAAGUGUGACUCUACACGAGAAAGGCAAUAUUGGAAGUGAAGCUGUAUUCCAGCCAGAGAUUGACUACUCUGAAGGAGUCAGAGAUUCAGCUACAACUAUCAAAAGUAAACAUUCUACUAAAGAAGAUCUUAUAACUGUUCAAAAGAAUUUAAAUCAGAAAAGUGUUGAAACCAAAAUUAUUUCAAACACCGAAGACCCUACACCGUAUCAGUCAAAAACUAUACUCAUAGAAGACAUAGAUUCAGAUCCAGAGGAGGAGAAUUUUAUAGUCAGUCUAGUCAACAAAUGGAACAAUAUACCAUCUGGAAACCAGGUGAAUGAUGCUCUUGUUACAGUGGCUGAGCAAGAAGAUAACAAUACAAACCAUCAUGACAGCAAAUGGUUUCCAGUGAAUAACUUUGAUAAGAUUUCUGUAGUCAGAAACACAAAAGCUAUCUCAGAAUCCUUUACUUCUAUAGGAAGUGAUAAUGUCAGUGAAAUACCAGAAAGCAUGGAAUAUCAAGAAAUACCAGAGAAGAGUAAAAAGUUUGGAAUUUCCACACCACUUGUGCAAGGAGAAAAAACCUGUCAAGAAAUGUAUUUGAAAAGUGAAUCAGGAAAGCAUCUAUCUCCGUACGAGUACUUGCACGAAUGGUUUUCAGAAAAGACAGGGAAAACUCCAUCCAAGGCAGCAGCUGUUCUAAAACAUAUUCUGCCCCAUGAAUUUCCAUUUAUUCUUGGUAAUAAAGUCGAUGGUGAAAUGUUGAGUCAGAUUAUAAUGGCUUUUGAUUACAUGAGGUCCCACAAUGAUGCAGGCCAUGCAGUUAACUUACUGUAUUACUUGUGUGAUGUCCCACGAAUAUCAACAGUGGCUCUAUUUUUAACGGAAAAUGAAAAACAUGUGAUUCGGAGCCUAAUGCAGUUCAUGAAAGACGAAGAGAAUACCAUCAAAACUAAGGUACAUCAGAUCUUUCAUUUGGCACAGCGUGAUAUGUAAUUUAUAGCUAUAACCUCCAAUACUGUUUAUCCUAACAAGAAAACCU